UCCGGUUUCGUUUCUGGAGAAGCUGCCUGUCACCGAACAGCUGGAGGAACGAUCUGGGGAGAAGGUAACGCUGAACACGAGCCCAAAGUGUGGAACACCGUCCAGAGGUCAUUCACAACGUCCAUAGGUCAUUCACACCCUCCAGAGGUCAUUCACAACGUCCAGAGGUCAUUCACAACGUCCAGUGGUCACUUACACCAUCCAGAGGUCAUUCACAACGUCCAGAGGUCAUUCACACCGCCCAGAGGUCAUUCACACCGCCCAGAGGUCAUUCACACCAUCCAGAGGUUAUUCACACCCUCCAGAGGUCAUUCACACCGCCCAGAGGUCAUUCACACCAUCCAGAGGUCAUUCACACCCUCCAGAGGUCAUUCCCACCGCCCAGAGGUCAUUCCCUCUCCUUGACCGUCCACCAUGGCCUCCAAGCUGACCAUCAGCCAGCGGCGGACCCUCUGCUCCAGGCUGGGGAGAGUCAAACUGCGUCUGCUGUACAAAGCGAGCGUCCACGGGUUCACGGCCGCCGCCUUCCACCUGCGGUGCGACGGCCGCGGCCGCACGCUGUCCGUGGGCUACAACGCGUCGGGCCGCGUGUUCGGAGGCCACACCGAGCGGCCCUUCAGCCAGUCCGGGUCCUUCGAGGCCGACGACCAGGCCUUCCUGUUCACCUUCAGAGGAGAAGAGCUCCUCAAAUAUCCGGUCUCUGUUCCCAUCUACGCAGUGAGGAUGAACGGUAAUUCCGGUCCGUAUUUUGGAGAAGCGUUGGUUCUCAUCCAUGGAAACAACGCGGCCGCCUUUUCCAAACCGGGGAGUUAUUACAACUUCGAUGCUGAGGAGAUGCACGGCAACGACCUCAUCCUGACCGAGUGUGAGGUCUACGAGGUGGAGGAAACCUCAGAACUUGAGAGGCCUUGGAGGAUGAUCGCCUGGGAAUCAGAGAAGAGGGCGGAGCUGCUCGAGACUAUCAAGACGUACAAGCCCACAGACGCCUCGGUGUCCCGGGUUCGGGUCCUGCUCGUUGGACCAGUUGGAGCCGGAAAGUCCAGCUUCUUCAAUUCCAUCAACUCGGUAUUCAGAGGCCACGUCACCAGCCAGGCCAUCGCCGGCUGCUCCGGCACCAGCCUCACCACACAGUUUCGCACCUACUCUGUGAAAGCUGGACGAGGUGGAAAAGCCCUGCCGGUCAUCUUCUGUGAUACCAUGGGGCUGGAGGAGAGCCCGGGGGCGGGGCUUGAUAUCGAUGACAUCUGCAGCAUCCUUAAGGGUCAUGUCCCGGACAGCUAUCAGUUCAACCCGGCCGCUCCUCUGCAUCCGGAGUCCAAUGACUACCGGAAGGCUCCGGUUCUGAAGGACAAGAUCCACUGCGUGGCCUACGUCACCGACGCCACCAAGGUGCCCAUCAUGCCGAGCAGGCUGGAGGAGAAGCUGGAGGCCAUCCGCAGGAAGGUCAACUUAAUGGGGAUCCCUCAGCUGGUCCUGCUCACUAAAGUCGACGAAGCCUGCCCCCUGGUGGCCGAGGACGUGAGCAACGUGUACAAGAGCGGCUACGUCCAGCAAGUGGCCCAGGAGGUCGCGGCUCGGCUCAGGGUGCCGCUGUCCUGCGUGGUUCCCGUGAAGAAUUACAGCGAGGAGCUGGAGCUGGACCUCAACGUGGACGUCCUGCUGCUCAGCGCCGUCCUCCAGAUGCUUCGCUUCGCCGACAACCACUUCGACGACAUCGCCGACCAACUGAGCGACGCCGACGGGAAGUGAGAAAUGGACUGUAAGCCGUUGUCUCUUUAAUACACCAGGUGCAUUCUGGGCCGUAGGUCCUCAUGUGACACCAGCAGAGACGAGACCGCCAUGACGUCUUCAUUCCAUCGAGCUCUCCAUGAAUGUUUUUGUUUAAGUUUUAGAUUCCAGUUCGGUCAGCGAUGAACAUCUGUAAUCAUUCCUGAAAUGUAUUAAAGUAUUUAGUUGUCCAAUAAAAGCUCAAAAGUGCA